AUGGCCGCUGAAGGGGUGGACGAGCGCUCUCCGCUGCUUUCCGCGCCCGGCUCCGGCAAUGUCACCCCGACCGCGCCGCCCUAUUUGCCGGACAGCAGCCCCCGAGCAGAGCUUCCUCCUCCAUAUACUGCCAUUGCAAGCCCAGAUGCCAGCAGUGUUCCUGUCAUAAACUGCCGUGUGUGCCAGUCGCUGAUCAAUUUGGAUGGCAAGCUGCACCAGCAUGUUGUGAAGUGCACAGUUUGCAAUGAAGCUACGCCAAUCAAAAACCCUCCUUCAGGGAAGAAGUAUGUUAGAUGUCAAUGUAACUGUCUCCUUAUCUGUAAGGAUACGUCCCGGAAAAUAGGCUGUCCAAGACCAAACUGUAGGCGCAUCAUUACUCUUGGUCCAGUAAUGCUGAUCCCAGAAGAGCAGCCAGCUCAGCCUGCCUUGCCAGUUCAACCUGAUGGAACUAGAGUGGUGUGUGGGCACUGUGGAAAUACGUUCCUUUGGAUGGAACUGAGGUUUAACACACUAGCAAAAUGCCCACACUGCAAAAAAAUUUCUUCUGUUGGAAGUGCCCUGCCACGGAGACGCUGCUGUGCGUACAUUACGAUUGGAAUGAUUUGCAUCUUCAUUGGAGUUGGAUUAACUGUUGGCACACAGGAUUUCGCCAGGCAGUUUCACGCAACGUACGUCUCUUGGGCCGUUGCUUACCUCUUAGGUUUAAUCUGCCUCAUCCGAGCCUGCUACUGGGGAGCCAUCAAAGUCAGUUAUCCAGAGCACAGUUUUGCAUAG